AUGGCACAGGCAACUCAGCACUUCAAGCUUCUUAUGUAUAUGAAAAAGCCGAAACCUUGGCGCAGAGUGACCGAUAACGAUGGGAAUAAAAUGAGCCAUUGUGAAAAGACACGAAAUGUUGGAAGGAUUUGCAGGCGACUAGUGAUUAAUCAUAGCCCAAGUAUUCCGAUGAACUGUCAUACACCACGAAUCAGUAAAAAGAAAUGCCAUAAAAGAAAAGCUGAACCUCCGUUUUUGAUAAGGAAUUGUAUCAGUGGACAUGAAAAUUGGGGAAAGUAUGUUCAAAGGAUACAACAUUGGACACAAAAACUGGAGCAAAGGGAACGAAAUAUUUCAGCCAAUUCUUCCUCUUUAAAUGAUCAAAGUCAGAUGUCUUACAAUGGUAAUCAAGUAGAAAAUGUGCCGAUUUUUACAUCCUUACCGGUUACUAGUGCUGCUUUACUACGUUCAUUUUAUACCAUUUGGCAUAUUGGACGCAUAUCAAGGAAAUCGUUGAAAACAAGUGAAGAGACGAACGCAGCCUUGAAAAAACUUUCGGUUUCACCAACAGUCGAAAAAUGUUUACAAAACCCACCAAAAGGUGGUAUUACUGCUGAAUUGAUCACUGACAGAUCGCAGCUAUCGAAACGAGCAUUACAUACUCUGAGUCGAUGGGCGCGAAUGACUGAAGAUGUGGUGCAAGAUGGCUACGAAUCUGGAUACGAUGAUGAUCCUGUCGAGAUUUGGAAUCGUGCGAUAACUCUUGCUGAGGCAUCGUCAUACACGGAAAGCGAAUUAAAUAAUGUCACUAAAACUACAAUUGAUGCAGCUUCUUUUUCUACGAGUACUGAUAAAGUAACACCAAGAAGACGAUCUAACAGAGUGUUUAAAUCUAUCAAUUUAAAAGAUUAA